UGAGCCACGUGACUUGUGAAUUCUCGCGCGCCUCGCGCUCUACAGCAACUGUGCCGAGCCAGGCACGUGAUGCAUCAGGAGCGGCCCUCGCCAGAAUUAGUUGACAAGCGAAUGUCCGGGCAAAGCUGUCCAGCUCAAUUAGUGGUGAACCUCCCAGCUGGCGUUGCAUUGAAUUUCAUCACGGCAUCACACGAAAUCCACGGUUGAUCGGGGCAUCGCUGUCAGCAUCUCACAGCCAAGAUGGCAAUUCUGCAGGCGCGCCUGCAGAAAUCGAUUUGCGAUCAAUGUCGGAACUUCUUCACAAACCGCAUAAGGACAUAUGCCACUGCAACAACCAUUGCUCCGAGCACGCUCGAUGCGGCGCCCACGAAUGAAGGCAUCACAUUCGGGAUGCCUUCAACGUCUCCACAGUCCCGGCGUGAGGCCAAAGGUAGCGCGACCAUGCGGACAUACAAGCCACGAACUCCUGGAACACGACAUCUACGCCGACCCAUCAACGACCAUUUAUGGAAGGGCAGACCUUAUAAAAAGCUCACUUUCCCCAAAAUUGGGCAAGGAAAGGGAGGCAGGAAUAACAGUGGUCGAAUCACAAUGCGUCACCACGGUGGUGGUCACAGGCGACGGAUCCGGAUGGUGGACUACGAGCGAAAGGAACCCGGUGGACAUGUGGUCGAGCGUAUCGAGUACGAUCCCAACAGAUCCGCGCACUUGGCACUCAUCGAGCAUCCAACGACUAAAGUCAAGAGCUAUAUCAUUGCCGCAGAGGGAAUGCGAGCUGGUGAUGUGGUUGAAUCUUUUCGAUCGGGAAUCCCGGAGGCCUUGUUACAGAGCAUGGGAGGUGUCAUCGAUCCAGGAAUCUUGGCUGCAAAGACUUGUUUCAGAGGCAAUUGUCUGCCGCUGCGUUUGAUUCCAGUUGGCACACAAGUAUAUAACGUCUGCACCCGGGUGUCCGGUGGUGGCGUAUUCUGUCGUAGCGCUGGGACAUUCGCUACGGUCGUUGGCAAGGGCGAUCGAUCCACUGGCUUCCAAGUCAUCCUUAGAUUGCAAAGUGGAGAGGUGCGAAAGUUCGACAAGGACGCCUGUGCGACUGUCGGCGUGGUCAGCAACCCCAACCACCACUUUCGACAACUUGGUAAGGCCGGGCGCAGUCGAUGGCUGAACAUUCGACCAACCGUCCGUGGUCUUGCAAUGAACGCAGUCGACCAUCCUCACGGUGGUGGUCGUGGUAAGAGCAAGGGUAACGUACACCCUGUGUCAAUCUGGGGCACUCCGGCCAAAGGAGGUUACAAAACGAGGAGAAAGCGGAACCCGAACAAAUAUGUCGUCACAGAGCGUCCUCGGAAUCACGGCAAGCGGAGGACGUCAAAGAGGUAAUCUGCGCACGUGUCAAGGGGAAAGGUUAGAAGUGGACUUGUAUAUUUGGCUGGC